CAUAUCAUACACACAAACACUCCUUUACUUGAUUCCCCCCGAGUCAUUGAAUCUAAUUCCUCACCUCUAACUUCUAAGCACCUCUCUUUAGUCUUUCCUUUCUCUUCUCUCUCUUUUAAUUUAUCUGUAUAACUAUUAGCUAGUGAAAGAGCAUCUAUGUAUUUCAUAUAAUUUGUUUUUAGGGAAUUGAUAGACACAAGAACAAACCCUUGUUUUUCUAAUAUCAUGAGUUGUUAAGGUUUGACUUUCCUUAUCUCCUAAAAUCAAAAUAGACAAAACAAAAAACUUCUAUUUGCCAAAUUUUUCCCAGCAAGUUGCAAGAAGAAGCUGCAGUCCAAUAUAGAAUAAGUCAAUUGCUUUCUGUAAGAAGAAACUUUGAAUUUUUCUUAUAUAAACAAUAAUUUCAUCAUCUUAUUUUCUUUACUUCACCUGAAAAGCAAAAGAAAAAUUCUCAUCAGAGCAAAAAUUCUGGUAUUGUUAUUUUCUUACCUUUAUAUUUUGGGUUUGAGUAUCUUUUGUAUUUUCCGUAAAAAAACAACAGAAGUUCUGGCUAAUCCGUGGUGGACAGGACAUCAGGUAGGAUUACCUGGGGUGGUGGAUCAUCCCCACCACCCGUCAGGUAAUCCACCUGGUUUUAUGAACAAACGUCCCCACACCGAACUUUUCAUCAACGAAACCAAAAGAAGAGAAGAAGAAGAAGAAGACGAUGAAGAAAGAGACGACGAUGAACCAAAAGAAGGUGCAGUUGAAAUUGGAAACCGAAGACCAAGAGGAAGACCACCCGGUUCAAAAAACAAACCAAAACCACCAAUCUUCGUAACAAGAGACAGUCCAAAUUCACUGAAAAGCCAUGUGAUGGAAGUAUCCUCCGGAGCAGAUGUAGCCGAAAGUGUAGCCCAGUUUGCAAGAAGGCGACAACGCGGGGUUUGUGUUCUAAGCGGUAGUGGAUCAGUUGCAAAUGUUACCCUUAGACAACCUGCAGCACCAGGAGCUGUUGUAGCACUUCAUGGAAGGUUUGAUAUUCUAUCAUUAACCGGAGCUUUUCUACCAGGACCUGCUCCUCCAGGCGCAACCGGACUCACAGUGUACUUAGCCGGUGGACAAGGGCAAGUUGUUGGUGGAAGUGUUGUUGGACCUUUGAUUGCUGCUGGACCUGUUAUGGUUAUUGCUGCUACUUUUGCUAAUGCUACCUAUGAAAGAUUGCCACUUGAAGAAGAUGAGGAAGACGGUGGUGGUGGUGGGGUCCAUGGAGGACAUCAGGUUGCUGGUGGUGGUGGUAAUUCCUCUCCUCCUGGAAUUGGAAGUAGUGGCGGUGGCGGUGGCGGGGGCCACAUGCAGUCUAGCCAUCUUCCAGAUCCAUCUUCUAUGCCUUUGUAUAAUUUGCCACCAAAUCUUCUUCCUAAUGGUGGUCAUGUGGGACAUGAAGCUUUUCCAUGGCCUCAUGGAAUUAGGCCACCCUACUGAAAAAAUAUGAGAUGAUUACAAUUUAUAAGAAAUUGAAGAAAGGAGUUACCAAGUGUUUUUAGAGUAAUGGAAUAAAUAUAUAUGUAGUAUUAUAGUGUUUGUGAUGAAAAUGUGAUGAGAAUUGAGAAGUGAGAAGAGGAAGAAAUGUUAUUAUAUAUAAUUUUAUCACUCUCUAUGUAUGUGUAUAUGAUUAUUAAGUAAGAACUUUCUGUGUGUUUCCUUUUUAGUUGUGUUUUGGAAUAAAAAAGAUGAUGAUGGGUUUUUUUUGUUUUUUAA